AUGGGGAGCCAAAGAGUGCAUGUCUGCUGCGUGCUUUCCAGCACAUUUACCUCAGGAAGAGCAUCCCAGGUGAAAAGGACCAAGGACAAUGUGGAAGCAAACCACAAGCCCGCAGAGAGCCCUCGGGCUCGAGACACCACCCCUUCCCACUGCACGGCCUCAGCCAAUCAGCGCAAAGAUGACAGCGCCAGCUUCGGCUGGGGGCCGUGGCCGGACCGGGAUCCCCCAGCGCUGCCUCAGCCGAGGGGGGAGCCUCGGCCCCCAGGUGAACUCCUCCCUCUCCUCCAGCCACAGGCCUGCGCAGUGUUGGUGGGUGACUUUGAUUCCUCUGAUGAAGACGAUGCUGAGGAGGACACGAAGCCGUUACUUAUUUCCUGGUUGUCUUUGCCUCCUGUCUACCCUUCUGAGUUCCUGGGAUUAUGUUCCCUUCCAGGUUGCAGGUUUAAAGGUAUUAGAAGAAAUCUUCAGAAAGAUAUAGAAGAACUAAAGAGCUGUGGUACCCAGGAUAUAUUUGUGCUCUGUACCAGAGGAGAGCUCUUAAAAUACCGAGUACCAAACCUAAUGGAUGCCUACCAACAGCAUGGGAUCUGUGUGCACCACUAUCCUAUUCCAGAUGGGGAUGCUCCUGACAUUGCAAAGUGCUGCAAAAUCCUGGAAGAACUCAGAAGCUGCCUGGAAAGUAACAGGAAAACAAUCAUACACUGUUAUGGUGGCCUUGGACGCUCAUGUCUCAUAGCUGGGUGUCUCCUGCUUCAGCUUUCGGAUGCUCUGGCACCUCAGCAAGUGAUUGACAGCCUCAGAAACCUGAGAGGAUCUGGGGCGAUACAGACCAUCAAGCAAUACAAUUACCUCCAUGACUUCCGAGAGAACCUGGCUGCACAUCUGGUGACAAAGAAUACAACACCAAGAUCGGUGUCGCGGUAACUAAUCCCAGUGUGGUGUGUCUUUGUGUCUACAUGGCUGCAGCAGGCUGACACUUGGGCAAGACACCUCACCUCGCUCCUGACCUUUACAGUCUCCUCUUUGGUACUGCAUGUAUGACACAGCUGCUUGCUUCCAAAUCUGUGUGUAAAGCUUUGGGGUGUGGGGGAAGGAAGUCUUACAGGACAUUCAGUAUCUUCCUCUAUUUGGUAGUUUUUAAUACGCAUGGCCUUAAAAACA